AAAUGUCCUCUGAGGGCAGGAGCAGUUUUUCAUUCAAAAUUCCAAUGCUGUCAGCCCACAGGCGGCAAUGGGAUCCACUAUGGAACAGGGGUGACAGCAGGAGUGGGUUCCGAGCCCAGUGCUCCCCUUGAAGUAUAAAAACCCUGGACAGUCAGCAGCCUUUCCCCCCUCAGCCAGAUUUCCCCCAUCCUUCCACCUUCCUGCGUUUACAUCCCAGGUUUCCCCUCUGUACUGGCUUUGUGCGGUACCGUUUUGGUAGUGGGGGGGCUACAGGGAAGCAGAGAUCCAUCUUCAGCACACGGAGGAGCCCACGAUGGAGCAGAGGCAUGCCUAAGGAGGCUGUGACCCCACAGGGAGCCUGUGCUGGAGCAGGGUCCUGGCAGGACAUGGGGAGAGAGGAGCCCACGCUGCAGCUGCCUAUUCCUGAAGGACCGACCCUGUGGAAGGGACUCACACUGGGGAAGUGCAUUAAGAGCUCCUUGGAGGACUUCUCCCGUGGGAGGAACCCCAGGCUGGAGCAGGGGCGGAGCGUGAGGCGGCCUGCUCCUGAGGCAGAAGGAGCAGCAGAGACAGCAGCCCCCAUUCCCCAUCCCGCUAUCGGGAAGGAGGCGGAGGAAGCCAGGAUCGAUUCCGAGCCGGGGGCGAACAGAGGAACGGAUGUUGGACGUUUCCUUUGACGUCCUGACGGCCCCGCGUUGAGUUGAUGGGUGACAAGCCCCGGUAAUUCCCAGCUCCAGCCGUCCCGUCCGCGCCGGUGCCCGCAGCGGCCCCUCAGAGCCCCGGCGGCGCUCAGGGCGCAGCCGCGCCGGCAUCACGUGGGCGGCGGGGCCGCGGCUGCUCGGGAUCGGCUCCCGAUCCUCCGGGAGCGGCUCCGCUUCUGGCUCCUCCGGGCACGGAUCCGGCUGCGGCUGCACUUCUGAUCCCGCCUGGCACGGCUGCGGCUCCGCCGGGCACGGAUCUGGCGGCGGCUCCGGUUCGGGUCCCUUCCGAUACGACUCUUGCUCCGGCUCCUCCGGGCACGGCUCCCAUUCCGGCUGCGGCUUCUCCGGACGCGUCUCGGCUUUUCGGGCCGGCUUCUCCCCCGGGCACGGCUCCGGCUUCUCACCCGGGCACGGCUCCCACUCCCGGUGCGGCUGCCCCGGCCAUGGGGGCGGCGGCGGGCGCGCCUCCGCCGUGAGGAGCAGCAGCGGCGGCGGGACCCAGCGAUGUUGCGGGGCCAGGUCAAUUUUGAGGAAGAGAGCCAGAAUCCACCUGCUGUGGGACACUGGAAGCCCCUGAUGCCAUCCAAAGGCGACAAGGAGGAGCCAGAGAGUGGAUGCCAGGAUGCUGGAGGUGUGCAUGAACCCCAGUCCACGGAGCAGCUCAAUGUGUCCCGGCUGCGCAGCUCCUCGGUGGAGAUCCGGGAAAAGGGCUCUGAGUUCCUGAGAGAUGAGCUGCACAAAGCACAGAAGGAGCUGAAGCUCAAGGACAAAGAAUGUGAGAGAUUGUCAAAAGUCAGGGAACAGCUGGAGCAGGAACUGGAGGAGUUAACAGCCAGCCUGUUUGAGGAAGCCCACAAGAUGGUGAGAGAAGCCAAUACCAAACAGGCUGCGGCAGAAAAACAGCUCAGGGAGGCCCGGGGCAAGAUUGACAUGCUGCAGGCAGAGGUGACAGCCCUGAAGACGCUGGUGAUCACAUCCACACCGUCCUCCCCAAACCGGGAGCUGCACCCUCAGCUGCAGAGCCCUUCCAAAGCUGGCUUCAGGAAGGGCCACGGGCGGAACAAGAGCACCAGCAGUGCCAUGGUGUCAGCUGCCAGCCAGAACGCGGCUCCAGAGCCUGUCAGCCGGGAAUGCAAAGAGCGUUCCUCCUUCUUCCCCCUCCUCUUGGACACUCCAGGUGGACUCCAUUUUAUUUGCCGAGUUCCAGGCCUGGAAGGAAUCUCCAACUUUGGACAAAUCCUGCUCCUUCCUGGACAGAAUUUACCAAGAAGAUGUAGGACCUUGUCUGGACUUCACCAAGCAGGAGCUGUCGGAGCUGGUGCGAGUGGCUGUGGAGCAGAACACCCUCACCAUCGAGCCAGUGGCUUCCCACACUGUCCCUGUGGGGAAGGCAGCAGCAGAGGAGUGUGGUGGCCCCAAGAAAUGUGCUCUGAGUGGCCUCCCCAGGACCUGCAAGCACCGGAUCAUGCUGGGGGAUUCUGGGAAUUACUACUACAUUUCCCCUUCCUGCAGGGCCAGGAUCACAGCAGUGUGCAACUUCUUCACCUACAUCCGCUACAUCCAGCAAGGCCUGGUGAGGCAGGAUGUGGAGCUAAUGUACUGGGAGGUCAUGCGGCUCCGGAGGGAGAUGUCUCUGGCCAAACUUGGAUUUUAUCCCAGCGAGAUGUAAGCAGAGCCCUGAGCGUGGAAGGAAACUGCUCCUGAAGGAAGGGCUUGGAAUGUGAAGCCUGUCCUGCUCCCUCCCACCUUCCCUCUGCCUAGAGCAAGGAGCAAGAGGCACAAGUUCCACCUCAGCUGUCCUGCUUCUCCAAGUGUGACUGGAAUGCAGCUACCACACUGCCCCUGGAGCUGGGCUGGCCCUGGCUGCUCUGGGAUGGCCAUCCAUGGACUCUGGAGUGUCCUAUAUGCAGUGUAUAUCCAUUUUUUUUUUAACUUUUUGUUUUUAUAUGCAAUCUGCUUUGGCAUAACCCAAGGCCAGGCCUGUGCAGGGUGGGAGUUCUGAACCUUCCUUGUGAGCCAGUCUGUCAGAACAGAUGCUGGCUGUCUGUUCCACUUGUUUUUUUGGGAUGGAGGGUGCUGUCCCUGAGGUCCUGCUGACCACAGCAGCCCUGAAAAUGCCAGCAGAGCACAAUAAUCUUGAACAGUUUGUUUCCAAGUACUUCCUUGUUCCUUUUCAAGGAGCCUGCGAGAGAAGCUUGUUGCCAGGGGAGUCACAAAGAGGGAUUUGUUCCUGUUUUUAGCUGGAUGUUUGGCACUGGGUGAUGCAGGCUGGGAAAUGGCUGGAGCUGUGCACCUGGGGCCUCCAGCAGAAGAAAGGGAGCAGGGAAAUUCCCUAACUCCCAGCUGGCUGCAGGAUUUUUUCCCCUGGACUAGGGAGUAUGCUGCAGUUGUCAGAGGCAGAUGCAGGACCCUGUGACCAGUUCCUGGUGUGAAAUCCCCCAUGAUGCUCCUAAACACAAACCUCACCCACAAACAAGCAUUGGAGCUUAUCCUGCUCUUGAGGGAGCUUUGGGCAGUCCCGUUCCCACCCUUCAGGCAGAGCCCAUGUUCCCAGGUUGGGUUCUUUGUGUCUGCAGGAGGAGCGUGCCAGGCUGGGCAGUCCCAAAGCCUGGAGAUUCCUUCCCAGUGUUACAUCAGACCUGGAGAUGCCUGUCCACUGGGAGUCACAACUUUUCCUGGGCUGCCAUUCCCUGGUGAGGGAAUCUGAAACCUCUUUGUGUGCACAUGAGGGAUGUGGCUGACAUUCCUGCCUGCCCCAAAAUGUGCUGGGAGGGAGGGAUGUCACUGGAGCUGUAGGAAUUCACAGGUUUGACACAUCCUGAACUCAGACCAGGUUUAUUAAAGCCAUGACAGUAUUUUGUAGCUAAUUUAGUCUUUUUUUAAGUGACUCUGGAAUCAGCUCAGCCAUCACCCACUCUGGGGUUUUCACUUCUGACAGGGUUGUCACCCUGUCCCUCUGCCACCCUCAGCAAGCUGGUGCCCAUCCUCAGCUCCAUAAUUCCAUCCUCUACUUAAGGAUGUUACAGUAGGAACUCAGUUUUCUUCCACUGAGCUGCUGGAUUGUGUCUAGGGGAGAGAGAAAUAACACAGCUUUGGUUUCCCCAGCUGUGGAUUUCAGCUCAGGUGAAUUCCAUCCCUGGAAUUUCUCCCUGCAUCUCUUCCCCCUGUCCUUUUGAUCUCCACGUCUUCCUGUGCCGUGAGCUGCCACACUGCACAAACGUUGCAGCACUGGGGAUGAGAUGAUCUCUCUGGGUAGGAGAUGUUUUGGUUUGUGGGAUGUUUUUUCCCCUCAGUGUCACGUUGAAAAGCACUUUGAGACAGAAGGAACUGGAGCAAUGCCUUGUCUGAGGUUGUCUUGCAUUUCAAACAAAGCAGAGAGAACAAUUUGUGAAGGAAAAUGAAGUCACUCUGUUUGCAGCAGGAUGGUUGCACCCUGCUCUUUCAUAAAGGAAAAUAAACAUUUGCUAUUAACCUCUACAA